AUGGUGCCGCGCGGCGACGGCGGGGGAGGUGCCAGGCGCCUUCUGCAGCUCGCGCUGCGCUCGCCCUCGCGGAGCUUGCGCCUCUGGCUGCUGCUGCUGCUGCUCCUGACGGCCCUCGGCCACGCGUGGACCUACCGCGAGGAACCUGAGGAGAGCGACAGGGAAGUGUGUUCCGAGAGCAAAGUCGCCACCACCAAAUACCCGUGUUUGAAGCCCGGCGGGGAACUCAGCACCUGCUUCAGAAAAAAGUGCUGUAAAGGUUAUAAGUUUGUUCUUGGACAAUGCAUUCCCGAAGACUAUGAUGUUUGUGCAGAUGCUCCUUGUGAACAGCAGUGCACCGACAACUUUGGUCGAGUCUUAUGUACGUGCUACCCUGGUUAUCGGUAUGAUCGUGAAAGACACAGGAACCGAGAAAAACCCUACUGCUUAGAUGUUGAUGAGUGUGCCACAAGCAGUGAGCCUCUCUGUCCUCACAUCUGUGUAAAUACUCUUGGUAGCUAUCGGUGUGACUGUCAUGAAGGAUACAUACGUGAAGAUGAUGGGAAAAUAUGCACCAAAGGAGAUAAAGCAGGCUUUUCUGAGAAGGUGGACAAUGUGGUGAAACCAGGAGCUUGUUGUGCCUCCUGCCGAGAAUUCCACCAGAUCAAACAGACAGUCCUGCAACUGAAACAAAAGGUUGCUUGGCUACCAAAUAAUGCUGUUGACCUUAACAAACCAAUCACAGGAGAAAAAGUACUUGCAUCCAAUGCUUACGUGCCUGGCCCUCCUGGACAGCCAGGGGAUCGGGGUCCUCCAGGGAUUGCAGGUCCAAAAGGGAGCCCGGGAUUUCCUGGCUCCCCUGGUCCUCCCGGGGUGCCGGGCCCUAGAGGAGCCAUGGGGCCGAUGGGACCGUCUCCAGACCUCUCCCAUAUUAAGCAGGGCAGAAGAGGGCCUGUGGGUCCUCCAGGUGCACCAGGAAGAGAUGGAGCAAAGGGUGAAAGAGGUGCACAAGGAGAGAAGGGCCCACCUGGGCCACCAGGUUCCUUUGACUUCUUGUUGUUGAUGAUGGCAGAUAUCAGGAAUGACAUUGCUGAGCUGCAAGAGAAGGUCUUUGGACAUAGGACUCACUCAUCAGCAGAGGAGUUUCCACUACCUCAGGAAUUUGCUAACUACCAGGAUGUGGACGUUGGAUCUGGAGAAGACUAUAAACAGAGGACUAUACCAGAAGACUCCAGAAUAGCUGAAGAAGGCAAUCAUUAAAAAAAAGGAUCCCUGCUUUGGAAAGAGUGAGAAGGGGUUGAGUUAUGAUCCACAGGUCACUUAAGCCAGCUUAUUUGCACACACCCCAGCUUAGCAGUAGAAAAAUCAAUGGUUGGUCAGAUCAUGUGUCGGGAGAGUUACUACAUUCCUUUCCCUAAACAUUAUGGCCCAGACAAACAAUGAGGCAAGGUAGGUUAUUCAUGAUGCUAUAUCAAAAUCUUGCCUUGCAGUUUCUUCUUGUACCAAAGAGAUUUCUGGCUUUUUUUGCCUCUCAGGGUGCUUGGGAAUUUUAUAUGGAACUUAUUGGGGUACUUUUGAGCUUAUUUUUAUUACCUGCCCACACUUCCCAAUCUGAAGAAGCCCUACAAGAAGAUUAACAUAUGAUGGUACCUUGGUACUCACCAUUCAUUCAUUCUGGGAAGUGCAAUGUGUACUAAAAAGGAUGAGUCCCAAACAAACCACAUGAUUACUAUGUGAUCCUUUGUUUUGGGAAGAACUUUCUGUCUUUCCCUUUUCCUAUGUCAGUGACUUUCCCAGCAUGUCUGACUUCCUAUCUGUUUCUCACAGCCUCUUCUAUUGCAUGCAUCGAGUUCUGGAACAGUUUCACAUCAAAAUGUAUUGACACUCAAAUUCGAUGAGUUUUGAAGCAGUCAAGUACCAAGGUACCACUAUAGUGCCUUUCCUUCGGAUUUAAGGAAAGUGUAGGAAGCAGGAACUGGAGAGUUGAUUGUGCAAUGGAACACCCAUCAGAAGAACAGGACAAAGUCAUCUUAAUUCAGAACUUUCUUACAAUAGACAAUCAGGUGUCUCUCAGGUGCCCACAAAAAAGAGACAGAAAAAUGCCUUUUCUACCAAUCUUCCCAUGAAGACAUAAUGGCCUCAAUUGGGUAACAUUUCAUCUUCAUCAUGAACAUCUUUGAUGGUUUUGUCUUCCACGGACCUAUCUAAUACUCCUUCAAAGACACCCAAGCGAGUGGUUAUUACUAUUUCUUGUCGGAUUAGACAUAUGAAUUUUAUCAGAAUUGACCUAUAAAAAUUUCAUUGGAAAUUCUUUUUUCCUUGGAGAAAAAAAAAGGGGUUUUAUCAAAUUGAAUGAGAACUAACAGCAACAGAAAAGUGGCAGAAUCUUUCAGCAGCGCACGAGUGAUUAUCACGCAAAGGAAAUCUUUGUAACUAGAACGUCUCACUGAAAAUUGCACAUUUGAAUGUUUUCUCUAGAAAAGCAUAAUCUUCCUUUUAUGUGGAAACCACAAAAGCUGCUCUGCUAUAAAGAAAGCUCCUGGGUCGGCAUUUCCCUUAGUAUGCAAGAAUUGGUUAGUUGGAGCACUCAAUCAUUCAAUCCCUCACUGAUGCUUGAGGCACUAGAGCUAGUCCCCAUUUAUGACUAUAAUGGAGCCUGCCCAUUACAGUCAUAAGUCAUGAGGGCCAUAAAGCAGACCACCCGCAUCACUGAUCAAAUUCUAAGA